UGUUCAGCGGUGAGAAAAAUAACCGGACGUGAUCGGUCGUUUUAUGCUCAUAAAACUGAUCGAUGAGUAUUAUUUUCAAGUUUUAGGAUCUUAACAGUCACCUGCGCAUCGUUUAUAUGAGAUCUAAUGUUUCUGGUCAUUUAGCUUUUUGCUGAAGAUCUGUUCUCUUAAUCCACACUUUAAUGAUAUAGGCUAACAUCACACUGGACUUCAUCUCUCAUUAAAACAUCAGACCAAAAUUUAAUCCAGCUGUGAGUGGAAAUACUGACUUCAGUCGUGUUGUUGUGGAUGUUUACAAUAGUUUUGCACAGAAGGUUUGGCUUAACCACCCAUCCUGAUCCAUCUGGACCUCCUGUCCACCAAAGCUUCACCUCAGCUUCCAGAGAUGCUGCUGUCACCUGUAUUUCAAGGCUCUGGACCCAAAUCCUUUCUGCUGUCAAGCCCAGAACCCCUGCUCACACUCUUAUCCAUGAACCGAAACUCUCCUGGAUCUCCAGCAAGGGUUUCACACACGUGUUUCAUGCCCACUUUUGAGGACAAUGGGCGAGACUUUGCACAGUCCAACUGUAGUCCUCUAUGGAAUGGCUUUUCCACAGAAGAUUGUCAAGGUGGUGCCCAAUGCAUGCAUGCACACGCAAUGAUGACAUCACAUGAACCAGAUCACACCAGUGCUUCACACCAAGCGUGUGAUGGUUCAUCACAAAUCCAUACAGGUGGCUCUAUAGAAGAAGGAUUGAGGAUUCAGUCUUUAUGGAACAUCUCCCAAAAUGCUGCAUUGGUAGAUCAAGCCCGUCGCUUGCAGAAGAGGCUGUCUGCGAUGGUUGGUGAACAUGCUUUACAACACUAUAGCCAACAAAUAGAGGGCCUGAGGAAGAAACUUCUUGAAAUCAGCCCUUGCCCCAAGUCCCCCAUUGUAUCAGAUGAUCUUUUAACAGAUACAGAGAAUGUGAUUUUUAAUGAUGUGAGGAUGCAAGAUGGAGAAGAGGAUUUUAGGAGGACCCAUAGAUACCAAACACACAGGCGAUCUCUAAAAUCCCAAGAUGUGGAGAAUUUGGCACGCUGUGGUCGUGCAGUUCUGCAUGAGGUGCUGGAGUCUCUGGACUCUGAUGCCACAUUGAGCAGCAGCUCAGAUGAAGAGUGGGACCAUGGAGAUGCCGAAGGGACAUCAGCAGCACCACAGUGUCACAGCUGUGAGUGGAGGUGGUUGCAGGAUAGAGCUGAAUUGGGCAGUCGCUGGACGUGGCUGCAGAUGCGAUUGACCGAGCUGAACUCUCAGAUUCAGCAGCUUGGAGAGCUUCACCAGCAGAUAAUUGCUAAUAAGGGUCGUGUGAUUUUGGCUAAGUCUCAGCCACUCACAGACAGGCAGAUCCAGCACACACUGUGGACGGAGACUAUGGAUCUGUCGUUUUCCGCUGGGAACCUGCAAGAUUUCCCAUCUGAUCUAGACAUGGAACCCAGCAGCCCUACACGUCUUCUGAGGAACAUAGAGAGACAGAGUGCCCAGCUGACUCAGAUUGUGAACAGCCUGAUGCCACCUUUGUGCCCCUCACCCUCUUCGUCACCAGUGACUAAAGAGCAGCAGAAAAUCAGUUAUAGCAGACAGGUACAGGCGUACCAGGCUCAAUGCUUAGACAAACCCGGACGGAAGAGAAAGCAAGCGUGCCACCGAAGACAAUGGCCACUUCAUUUAGCUGCCACCUGUGUAUCAGCCCGCACCCGGCCUCUUCUGACCUAUCAUAAACCCUGCCUUUUUAUCAUGGACCCGUUAUGUCAUAAAGAACAGGUCCUUGACUCUUUCCCGUCUCUCUGUCCUAGUGUAUCCUGUGGUCCUACAGCUUCAUGCAUAGAUCCUACAUGCCCAUGUAGAAAAGGAAAAAGAGCAGGCAAAAUGCAUUCUGUCCUCUCGCUGUCCUCAGAUACCCCAUCAUCCUUCCAUCUGCAAAACGCCCUGUGCACAGAGGACUUUCUCCAGAAAUCUCUCUCCUUGAAAUCUGACCUCUUCAGACCCCAGCCCUGUCGCAGCUCAAGAUGCAGGGUCUCUAGAUCUUUAUUUUAUUGCAACCACCGACCAAAAAACAGCAGGUAUUUGAAGAGUCACAGGAGAGAGAGCACCCCCAUACGAUUGCCAUGUAACCCAAACCACCACCGUAAACCCUAUAGGGAGGGAAAGCGGAAGAAGUGCUCCUCCCAGUGGCCAAUUGAUGUGACACAGUGGUCUGAUCAGAGUGAUGAAAACCUUACAGAGCAAUGUUCAGAAGAUCUUACGGACUGUAGACCCAAACAGCAGGGGAACUCACAGUUCUCCUGUCGCAACAGAAGUGCUAAGAUUUUUACUAUUGAUGACAUUGUCAUCCCCAUGUCUCUGGUUUCCUCGGUUAAAGUGGAGAAACUUCAGUGUAAGGACAUUGUGACACCCAGCUGGCGAAAGGUGGAUAUUUUUCCAUUAUCAAACAUAAAGAAAGAUGAGCAUCCAGGAGAGUCAGAACCAAUAACAGAUGAAGAUUUCAGUCAGAGACACAAACGUUAUGAACGUAGAGAGAAGCGUUGGUCCUCCUCGAGUCAGAACAGGAGUAACAGCAUCAGCAGGUCAUCCAGAAAAAGCUACGCUGCUGUAUCCGUGAAAGACCACCCUGCUUACCGUCACCCACCUGUAGAUUCUCCAGCCCUCUCCACCAGGACCUCCAGUCCAUUUGAAGACCAGACAGAAGCAAGUGUGGAUGACAGAGAAUCACUGCUUCCAUGGGAAAGACGCAUGUUUCCACUAAGUGAUGAAGAUGAGGAAGCUCUGAGACUUCAUGAGCCCCAAAGCACAACAUCUGGAAUUGGGGACCAGGAAAUGACAUCACACUCUGGAAGAAUAUCAGCCCUCAUGGAGCUUCCCAAAAAGUUCUUAUAUGAGCUUAUUUGACAUUGCGCAGUAACCUGAUGUUUGACUAUUAUGUGAGAUUUAUUUUUAUAUGAUAUUUUUGAUGCAAGUACAUACUGCAUAUGCUUCACAUGUUUUAAAUGACACAAUGAACAAAUAAUAGUUAUUUUUUAUGUUAGGCAGUAAGACAUUUUCCUCCACAUAGAUGUUAGCUAAAUUUUAGUUUUUCACUUUGCCAAAUGAUUAUUUCUUUAGUGCAUAAAAUUGAAUCUUUAGUUGAAAGGAAUAUUUUGGAUUAAAUAACUUAAUGUGCAGCAUUUGCCAUGCUUUAGAUUUUAAUAAAAAAAUGUAUACUGCAACUCAGGUGCAAGAAUGUAAUAAUAAAAUAAUAACCACAAUAACCACAUUGCUCUUAUGUGGUGCAUAGUAGUUGUAUGUGCAGACAAGGAACCUGAUACUCUUUAUGCCAGACUUUGCCGACUUAAAAUCCUAUUGCAUUGAUAUCAAGUGUGUGUCUGUUUGUGUGUGCACCUGCGUCUAUGUGUAGUGUUUGAUCUUUUUAGUAAGCUGAUUAGUCAUCUCGCAAGCAGACCAUACUCAUGACAAAACUCGGGAAAGGCUUAUUGGCUAUAAGUGGGGGUCAAGGUUACUCUGUCUGUGACAUAGAAAGGAUAGCAUCUGUUAAUACCACAAACUGUAUCGUCCAAAACCUAGUCUAGUUAUUUGCCUUAUAAAGUUAAUAAUAUUGUAACACUGUACAGGUGUAUAGGCGACAACUCUGUUACAAAAAUACAGUUGGCGUGUGAUGCAUGGUCGCAGUAUUGAUUUUCGAUGUUCAGAGAGCUGAAUAAGCCUCUCUUUCUCGCACAUUCACUUUUGUUAUGAACACUGAGGGAAUGGAGAUCAUUAUUUAUAACUCCACUGAGGCUCUUUGAUUUACUUCCACCAGCAGGGGGAGUUUUGCAGAGGCUUUGCUGCAGUGAGAUGAUGCUGCAUGUCUGCUGGUGUGGGUUCAGUAAUGAAACAUCAUUAAUCAGUUCCUCACACAUGCACGCAUUUGGUUGCAUAAUAAAUAUAUGACUUCAAUCUAAAAGAAUGGGAUGAGAAAAGGGACUGAAAUUAAACUAGUAACUAGUCAUUCCUCUGAUACAGUUUAUGGAUUGCAGGUUUAAAUUUAAACAGGGUUUUGCUGUACUGUAGAUAGUAAUGCAGAAGAUUUGUGUAAGUACAUUGUAUAAGUGUCAAUUUCAUUUUGACUUUAGGAAUGCAUUUUUCUAAACACACAAUAUACAGCGUGUUUAGUAAACUAAUACAAAUAAUCACUGUACAGAAUUUAAAUCUAGUAAAACAGAUAGAUAGAAUAUGAAAUAUAGCAAAUGUUAGAUAACAAAAGUAUAAAGAGUCCAUAUGCAAUUUCCCAUAUACUCAAAUCUUAGCUCUGGGGCAUCUUGUCAUGUUCAGUGGCAUUUUUGCCCCCAGCUGGUUCAAUUCUGACCCUGGUAUGUAUGCAUGCAUAGGCAUGUGUGUGCGUGCAUCCAGGGCAGUGAUAGUGCUGAGCGAUUCUUCUCCUGAGAUCUAUAACUUUAUUUUUGUACUGAUCUGUUGAAAUUGGCUUUGUGUUCAUGUUGGUUAAUAUAAUAGGGCCAGUUGUUCUCAAACUGGGGGGUGGGCGCGAGAUGG